AUGCAUGUAGGUCAGGAAAUUGACGAAAUGGCGGAGCGGUCCCUGGACAAGGCACGAAUACGCCAGAAAAAAUGGCUUCAACGCCAGGAGAGAUCCAAGCUAACGCGAGAGGAAAUUGACCUCCUUAAGCUCAAACGGACUGACCUACGCCGAAAGCUUGACGAUCGCGAGGCCGCGGGUGAGACCAACAUGAUGGAAAGCGCGGAAGACACCUACACACAUUUUAGUGAUCUGCCCAUUUCUCAGCGUACGAUACUAGGGCUCGAGCGUGGAAAUUAUAAGAAAUUAACACCCAUUCAGCGCGAUGCGCUUCACCUCGCCUUGGCAGGGUAUGAUGUGCUCGGCGCCGCCAAAACUGGCUCCGGUAAGACCCUCUGCUUUGUCAUUCCCGUUUUAGAGCAGCUUCUAGUGGAGCACUGGGAUUCGGAUAUGGGCGUUGGGGCGAUCAUCCUGACCCCCACGCGCGAGCUCGCGCUGCAGAUCUUCAAAGUGAUGCAAGUCGUCGGAUUUAAGCACGUCUUCUCGGUCGCCCUGCUGACCGGUGGCCGAGACGUCGCGGAGGAGCGCAAGCGGCUUCAGCUGAUCAGCAUCAUCAUCGGCACCCCCGGCCGUGUGCUGCACCACCUGCAGGACAACCCGCACCUCACGCUGGACAACCUCCAGAUCCUCUGCAUGGACGAGGCCGAUCGUCUGCUGGACCUCGGCUUCCGUGAGGCGAUCUCGUCCAUCCUGCGCUACCUCCCGCGGGGGCGCCAGACCCUGCUGUUCUCCGCCACCCAAACGCGCGAGGUGGGGGUGCUGGGGGAGCUCGCCCUGCGGGCCCCGCGCUACGUCGCCGCGCACGCCCUCACCAGCGCCCCGACCCCAUCCCGCCUGUGUCAGAACUUCCUCGUGCUGGGUCUGGCCCGCAAGCCGGACGUCCUGCUUGCCUUCCUGCGGCGCCACCCGCGGGACAAGGUCGUCGUCUUCGUGAGCACGUGCAACCAGGUCCGCUUCCUCUACCUCGCCUUCGCGAAGCUGCUCAAGAAGAUGCGGAUCCCGUCCAUGUCCUUAACAAGCCGGAUGCGGCAGUUCCGCCGGGAUGAGGUCUUUAAGACGUUCUGCCGAUGUAAGGCCGCGGUGCUGUUCUGCACGGAUGUAGCGGCCCGGGGGUUGGACUUCCCGCUUGUUCAUUGGGUCCUCCACUACGACUGCCCGGAGAGCGCGCAGACCUAUAUCCAUCGCGCCGGACGAACCGCCCGCGCGGGCGCCCGCGGUGUGAGUUUGCUCUUUCUCACCCCUAACGAAAUCCCGAUGCUGUCGUACCUGGCGAAUAAACAGAUCCCCAUGCGGGAGAUCACCCUAAAGCCAGGGUUGGUCUAUUCCUCACAGGAAAUCUUCGUCGCCUUGGUCGUGCAGGGGUUGAAGUACGAAGCGCAAAAGGCCUUCAUCGCUUACCUCCGUUCCGUCGCCUUUGCGAGCAAUAAGCACGUUUUUGAUGUGAAGUCCAUCGACGUGGAGUCCUUUUCAAAGUCCCUCGGCCUUCUGAAGGUGCCGGACAUGUCUGAGCUCGGGAACCUCCAGCGGAGCAUGAAGAAUCUACCCUGGGAUGUCGUUAAUUACAUCUCUGAGAAGUCAGGGAAGCACCCAGGCACAUCGCAUGAUGCCGUGGAUGAAAAGCAGGCGGCGCUCACGAAGAAAGAACGCCGCCUCCAGUCUUCCGACAUGUUUCGUGUGUUGGAGCAAAAACAACGAUACACCACAGCUCAAAACACGCUUGGGGAUGCAACUGAAAAAGAUGAUGACGACGAUGCUUUUCUGGUCAAGAAGACUAAGGAGGUUGAGGAAGUUGAACAGGUAAAGGAAAAGAUGCAGCUCACGGCGGACGAACGACUUGCCGGGCUUUCCAAGGUGAAGCGUCGCAAGUUUAUUGAGAAUCCUGACGUGCGGAUAAAAGAUUUAGCUCUGAACACUCGGAUUGUCUUUCAGAACAGCGACGAGGAUGAGGAGGAGGACUCGGAUCACUCCCAAGGGCGUGUCGAAAACGCCGUUUUCCUUCCUCAAGAUUCUUCAUACGAUGCGAAGGAGGAUGAGAUGGAUGACGAAGAUGACUUCACCAAACGCAUUCAGCAGCGUGUUUUAGCACACAAAGAAGACGACGCGGGGCGCGCGAAACAGGUACGCCAUUUACGUCGACUUCAGCGAAUCGGCAAAAUAUCGCGAAACAUAACGUUGGAGAAGUGUGGUUUAGAAAGUGAAGGAAACCGAAAAGACGAAAUGGAAAUGAGCAGCAACGACGGUAGUUCCCAACAAAGCGGCUCAUCCGCCUCGAUGGGUCAGUUUUACAACUCCAACGAAUACGCUUCGGAGGAGGAAGGUUCAUCAGACGGUGAUUCACGGGCUGUUGUGGGGAAGCGACGAGGGCGUCAGGAAGUUUACAACGGUAGCGAAAGCGAGGAUGAUGGUAAAAUGCAAAGAGACGCGCAUCAUGAUGACCACAAUGGACGGAAAGACGUACGACCUGCGAAGAAGAAGCGGAUGUAA